AGUUAUUUUAGUGGACCGGAUUAAAAAUGUGUGUUACCUGAUACGCGCGUGUGUUAGAGACUUUCACGCGCACCCUAUUACUACACUACACACGCGUCAGACCCAACCCGGCCCAAUUGGAGACCCAGAUUCCACCGAAUAUCCAAAUCGUGCAUCGCUCUCUUCUUCCUCGACUUCUGCUUCUUCCUCCGCUUCUUCAGAUGAUGUACACUAUCAAUAAUCCGCUUUGCAUUGUUACAUAAGGAUGAGGCUUUAGCUGAAUGGUUGGUGGCUACAUUUUUUAGAUUGUUUGCGAGAAAGUGAACAUGAGAAGACAGGGAAACUUUGCGGACUCGCCUGCAAGUGGAUAUGGAGCCGGACAGAUACAGAAUGCACACUCUGAUUUCCAAGGUCAGCUAGAGGCGUUCACGCCUGAGAGAGACCAACCACCGCAAACAGAGGGUCAAUGGAGAUGGGAAAGAGAUGGUCCCCCGAAUAUGUCAAGGCCUAUGUCAACUGCUGUUUACAAUGAAAGUCAAGGCGUCGAUUCGUCAAGGACGUAUUACGGCGGCCAAAUGGAUCCAAAAUCAGGAAUGGAGACACAAGGCAGCGGUCCAAGAGCUCAACCCCAGCACCACGAUAACCCGAAGCCUGGUUAUGAGAAUAACCGUGGGGUACAGACCUUUGAAGGCCUUGAGCAGAAGUUCAUGGAUGAUAUAACAAGACUAGCAAAAGAUCAAAUGGGAGCAGAGGAUGCAGAGAUUGCCAGACAUCGAGAGAAAAUAAACACCAUUAAUGCCCGGUACGAAGAACAAUUAGCUGCAGUUCGAUCACGCCACGCAGGUAAAAGAGAAGAGAUCAUGAGGAAAGAAUCACAAGCUAGACAGCAGCAAUACAAGCAGCAAACACCUGGGAUGAUGGAUCAGUACCAUCCAAACGCAGCCAAUCUAAGACCAUCUGGUCAUCCCCAGGGUUACAUUGGCAAUGCUCAAGAUCCAGCAGAUGCGCCACCAUCCAGAGCCUAUGGAUCAGAUCGGUUUGAAGCGUAUGGAGAGAGAGCUAGGUUUCAAGGGGGAGACAGGGAUCAUGGAUUCGAGUCUAGGGGUCAGUACCCUGGUGGGACAGUCUCACGGUUCUACUGAUCUAAUAUUUACCUUAACAAAUCAUGUUACUUUGUUUUUUUUGUUUAUGGCCUAUAGAUCAUCGGUUAAGCUUUCCCGACUUUGAAAUUGAAUACAAUGGCCUUGUUCUUA